AUGGCGUCUUCAUCUAAUAAGUUUCAAGUUCCUUUUGCUGGAAAAUGGAGCGGUUUCUCCGUUGCUGAUGAUGGAACGAAGUAUGUUCCAGAACCCAAAGGCAGCAAAGAACACCGAGAAAUCUGGGAGAGUCAGGUAAUGAUUCCCUUUGCUAUUGAUAACAAUGUUUAUGCUUUUGGUGGUCCGAUUCCAGAUGAUAUGAAUUUGACUAGGGAAGUAGACGAGAUAUUUCCAUGUCUCGAAACCUGCGAGCCUAGAAUCUUUGAUAGCAAACCCUAUAACUUUGAAUAUAUGCUGACAAAUUAUAAACCCUUUCGAUCCCAUCCUUAUUACGGAAAUAGCCUUUACCUUACUUGGCUUGAUCGAAUAGAGCAAUCCUUUGGUAAAUUCUGGAAAGAUUACGGAAUCUUUGAGUUAAUACAGUUUUCUAGGAUAGGACCCAAAUACCAACCUGAAAUGCUCAUUGCUGCGAUGCAUUUCUUUGAAAAAUCUACCAACACCUUUCAUUUUAAAAGUGGUAUGAUGACACCUACCUUGUUCGAUGUGUCAGCUAUCACAGGGUUAAGACCCACUGGCAAAACUUACAGCCCUGAUGAUGUUAGUGAUAACAUCACUUUAAACUACAAAGAAAACGCCUUUUCUGCCUUUAUCCUCAAACAUUCAGGACCUGAGAAUGAAGAAGUCUCAGAUGAAGAACAUGUGGCCUUUCUCACUCUAUGGCUAUCCCAUUAUGUAUUUUGUUCUCGAUCUCUCCAAAUUGCUAGGAAAUUUAUACCUAUGGCUGUACAAAUACAUGAAGGAUGCCAUUUUGCCUUAGGACGCCUUCUGCUGGCAACCCUGUAUGAGUCGAUUGGGGAAGUUUGUGAUAACCUGAAAGGUUUAGUUCCUGCCAAGUCGAAAUCGAAGAAAGCUGCGCCAGAUGGAUGUUUUCAAGCUGCUGGGCCAAUGUGGCUAUUACAGUUGUGGUUAAAUGCCACCUUUGAAAAAGAACUUGGUUUGUUCAUUCCCACUGAACAUCACGCUUCGAUAGCUAAAAGGAAAAUCGAAGGUACUCGCUUAAUAAGGCUUCAACCUAAUCCCCUUGAACAGAACUCUCAACAGCUAUUCAUGAAGUACAUGAAAAUUUUCUUAGCCAUCGACCACUUCAAGCCUGAACACGCUCCAUUUGUGAAGAGAACCAUUGGCCCCUCCUGGUUCGUCAAAGAGAUACCAGUGUUGAACCCUAAUGCUGAGGAGGAAAUAAAUGAAACCUGGACAGCAUAUUUAGAUCCUACCAUCCUGUCAAUUCGAAUUGGUACCCUAUCUUCUGAAUAUGCAUUAAUUGGGUAUCAACCGAACUUGGUUUCUAGACAGUUUGGCUUUUCACAGCUUCGACCAAAGAGCAUGUAUAUAAGGAAGAAAAACAUCGUGCUCGGGACAACUGUGACUUCCACUUUGUAUGAAAGGUACAUGAAGAUUAGUCGUGAUAACGUUUAUGGCUUCGAGCCAUUUGACUUCAACCUUUCUUACUACUGUACACAAGAGUUUGCCAACUGGUGGAGGCGAUAUUUCGACAGCAAACACCUAGGAGAUGCAGUGUUUAUCUCGAGGUUGGAGAGUGGGUUUACUCGACCUCAGAUAAAGAGAAUCGAACAGCAAGUCAAGACUACAGUUACCAAAAAACAAGCUGCAGAAUCUGCUAAGACAGUUAAAGAAAAAACAACAUCGAAGGCAGUUGAGUCUGAAGAGCCUUCUAAGGCACGUAAAAGACCAACCAACGUCCCUUCCACUGAGACUGGCCCAUCGAAGAAGCCAAAACCUAACACAAUAGUCGUCAGUGACGAAGAAGAGGAAGAAGAAGAACAAAGUUUCCAGAGAAAGAGGGGCCAGCCUUCUGUGAUUAUUGAAACAAAUAUCCCAGAAACUACCUCUGAUAAUCUUUCUACUGAAGAGAAAGAAAAGAAGAUGAAAGAAAAGAGAGAGAAGCAGGAAAGGAAAGCGAAGAGGAAAGAGGAAAAGAAGAAAGAAGGAAAGAAAAAUUCAGAGGAUCGAACCCGGGAUAAAAAACAUAAAAAAUCAAAGUCCUCAAGUGAUCCUUCUGCAACCAACCUUAAAUCUCCUUCGAUCUCGAAUGAACAACAAGAGCCUAUCCCUGACGCUGAAGUUCAAGAAGAUGCUGCUAUGCCUGAUGCUACACUCAAAGAAUCGGACAACAUGCCCCAGCAAGACAACAAUCCAGAGGACAUCCUAUCGAACAAGUCUAGUGGUGAUACUCUCAAAGAUAGUGAGACCACUAUUUCUGAAAAAGUCAUACCAGAGCCUAGUCAAGAUCAAUCAGAGCCUCCUAUGUCUGCAGAGAUUGAUAACAAGACUUCUCCUUUCAAGGAAUGGAACGAAAAUCCAACAGUCGAGGUCGAUGCUGAUGAAUCUUCCUCAGAGGAAGAAGACUUUGAUUCUGAAGCCAUAAAGGAAGCAGAGGCUGGUGGAUCAGAAUUGCUACCUGAAACUUCGACAUCGAAGCUGUCAGCCAGCCUAGGGCUCGCUGAAGAAGAAUUCAUUUCCUUGCAAAUUCAUGAUCCUGAAGCUGCUCUAAAACUUCUGAUUUCUAAAACAACUACUGAUCCCGUAAGUUCGAGUGGACCUAGUAAUUCAACUGCUUCAGACUCAGAAAUCAAUUCUUCUGUUCGACAAGACUCUCUGAUUUCAAAGCUAUAUACGGAUUUCAUCAAUGGAGACAUCUUGGCAUCAGUUGAGGAACACCCUGCUAAUGCUUUCAAGCACAAGUCCUUUUUGAACAAGUUGCACAAUCCUCAAACUGACCUCGAAACCUUGAGAAAAGUUAUCCAGCUCGAAUCGAUCUUGGACCAGUUUGCUACCACAGUGCAAAACCUGAAACGCAACUCUCAGAAACUUGUUGGUCAACAGGCUGCUUAUGAUGCAUUAUUUGAGAAGGCCAUGGCUGCUCAAUCAAAAGUUGACCAAAUGAAAGCACAAGUUCAGCAACCAGGUCUUGGGAUUCAAGAAUGUACCAACAAUAUUUCCAAGUGGGAGGCAGAAAUAGAUUCUUUUCGAGCUGAGAUUGCUGAUCGAGAGAAAAAGAUUCUUGAAGAGAAAGCAAAGCGUGUAAAGAUUGAAGAAGCUGUUGCUGCCACCACUCAAGAAUCUAUUCGCGAAGCUGCGAAGGAAGGUAUUUCCCACUUCAGUGCUGCCACUGUGAUCAAAGAAGAGAUCAAAUCUCUCGAGGAUGCAAUCAAGAUCCAGACUGUCGAAGUUGGCCUUAUUAAGGACCAUUAUGCUGAUUUCAAAUCCAAGUGUUUGUCUUAG